AUGCUUGGUUUUGAAGGUGUGUUUACAGUGGAUGCUAGGGGUCAUAGUGGUGGUGUUAGUCUCCUUUGGAGAAACCAAAAUGAUUUAGAAGUGUUGGGGUAUUCUAUCUAUCAUAUUGAUGUGAGAAUUACGACUGCAGAUAAGAAGACAUGGAGGUUAACUGGAAUGUAUAGUGAACCUAACCAUUCUCAAAGAUAUAAGACCUGGAAUUUGCUUCGCACGCUUACUGAUGAAUCUUCACUUCCUUGGUGUGUAAUUGGGGAUAUGAAUAACAUUGUCUCUCAUUCAGAUAAAAAAGGGGGUAACUGGUAUCCUAAUGGCUUAAUUGAAGGGUUCCAAAAAGCUCUCUCUGAUUGCCAUCCUGUUGAUUUAGAACUACAUGGAUAUCCUUUACUUGGGAACGGGGUCGUGGAAAUAACAAGUUCAGAUCACUGUCCUCUGUUGCUCGAUUUGGUGAAUCAGAAUGAGCGUCUGUGUGUGCAAGUGAUUCAAGAUUCAUGGGAUGCCAAUGCUGGAGGUUCAAUUACAAAGAAGAUUAAAAGAUGCGGGGAGAGUCUUACAAGUUGGGGAAAUGAAUUCACAGGGAACAUCAAAUACCGUAUUAAGAGGUGCAAAAGUGAUAUUAAGCGGUUGAAGAGAUUAAGAGAUGAUGCUUCUAUGGCAGAAUUUAAAAUUGCAGAAAAAAGAUUGGCUGAGGUUCUUACUCAACGUGAGUUGUUUUGGAAACAACGGUCGAAACAACUUUGGCUUCGUGUAAGAGAUUCGAAUAGAUUAGAAGAUGCCAUCCUUUCUUAUUUCUCUGAAUUAUUCACUUCAACUAGUUCUCUUACUGAUGUCGUUGUUGCUGGUAUCUCUCCUUCGAUUUCUAAUUCUCAAAAUAGGGACUUGUUGAGUCCGGUUCUUGAAGAGGAGAUAAAAAGUGCAUUGUUCCAAAUGCACCCAGAUAAGUCUCGAGGGCCUGAUGGAAUGACACCAGGUUCUACCAAAAAUGUUGGGAUGUGGUUGGUCAUGAUGUGGUGUUACAAGUCAAGAACUUCUUUGAUUCAGAUUGAAGACUAUGCUCCCCCAAAUCUUUCUGAAAAUCAAUUGGCUUUUAUUCUGAGCCGAUUAAUCUCGGAUAAUAUAAUGGUUUCCUAUGAAGUCGUACACUAUUUCAAAAGAAAACGGAAAGGGAAGACUGGCUAUAUGGCUUUGAAACUCGAUCUUAGUAAAGCCUAUGAUCGUAUUGAGAGGGGUUUUUUGUGGGCUAUGAUGAGAACAAUGGGUUUUCAUACCGGACUAUCUUCAUUGAUAAAGAGGUUUGAAAGAAGUGGUCACAUUAGAGGGUGUAAGGUUGCUAAUGGUGUGCCAACUAUUUCUCACAUGCUUUUUGCCAAUGAUAGUUACGUUUAUUGUCAGGCAACGGAGAAUGAAGCUGAUAAUGUGCUUCGGUUGUUACAUAUGUUUGAGAUGGCAUCAGGUCAACAAGUUAAUAGGGCCAAAUCAUCCAUUUUCUUUAGUGCUAAUACACCAUUUGACCUUCGUGACAGACUUUGUGCAAGGAUGGGAAUGGUUCCUGCAAGUGAUCAAAGUGUCUAUUUGGGGCUGCCGUGUAUUUUGGGUAGAAGGAAAAAAGCUAUUCAAAAUUUCCUUCAAGAGAAGAUGGAAAAAAGAAUCUUAAGUUGGGAGGGCAGAUUUCUAUGUAAAGCUGGUCGUGAGAUUUUACUUAAAACAGUUGUUCAAGCCAUACCGUCUUAUGAUAUGUCUGUUUUUCUUCUACCUAUUGAAACUUGUACUUUGCUUGAAAGAUUGAUGUCCAAGUAUUGGUGGGGGACUUCCUCCCAACGAUCUCGAGGAAUUACAUGGAUCAAAUGGAGUCGUUUAAGUCGAUACAAAAGUAGUGGGGGUCUUGGCUUCCGUAACCUCAAAGACUACAACUUAUCAUUGCUAGGUAAGCAAGUGUGGCAUUUGCUGCAGGGGGAGGAUUCUCUAGUAGGCCGUGUGUACAAGGCAAGAUACUUCCCCAAUUGCUGA